AUGACCAGAGAGGCCCGCUUCUUUUCCCAUGUCAAGCGUGAUCGACGCGAUCACCUUACCGACUUCAUCGAAAGUUUGCGCCAGCCCCUUGAGACUCCCAUCUUAUCGAAGCGCGGCGGACUUCACGACGUGCCAGCACAGUUGGUACUGUAUACACUUACGUCACGCGUGCAACCAGUCACGCGUGCAACCAGACUGUAUGGCAGAGAAUGA